UCUCUCGGCUAUUCAGUCGAACUCUCCCUCGUCUUGUAGUUCUACACUGCCUUAUCGCAUGCAAGGAGCUACACUGUGACACUUGCAAGCUUAGUUAAUCCAAAGAGAGACUUCACCGCAGAGCAAAGGAGACGGAGACGACUGUCUAUGAAAUUCCACUAGCAAUACCGGAGUAAUCUAAUUUAGAAGAGAUGAAUGAAACCCUCCUUGUGAAUGAAACAACAGUUCCAGCCCCCUGGAUUGAAGCCAGCAAUGGCAAUACAUCCUUGGAGCUUUUCUCUGAACUUGUGGAGUUUGCCAUCAACCCCUGGGACAUCAUGCUGUGUAUAUCUGGGACUGUUAUUGCCUGUGAGAACGCGAUUGUUGUGGCCAUCAUAUUUUACACACCAGCCUUGAGAGCACCUAUGUUUGUGUUGAUUGGUAGCCUUGCAACAGCAGAUCUCCUGGCUGGAAUGGGAUUAAUACUGAACUUUGUAUUCCAAUAUUUAAUUCCAUCUGAGACUAUCAGCCUUGUUACUGUGGGGUUCCUGGUUGCCUCAUUCACUGCUUCAGUUAGCAGCCUGCUAGCCAUUACUGUUGACCGGUAUCUUUCACUUUACAAUGCCCUGACUUACUUCUCAGAAAGGACCAUAUUCUAUAUUCACAUGUUGUUGGCCAUUACGUGGGGUGUCUCCAUUUGCUUGGGUCUUUUGCCUAUAUUGGGUUGGAACUGCCUGAAUGAUCUGUCAGCUUGCAGUAUUGUCAAACCCUUGACCAGAGGCAAUGUGACUUUACUGGCUAUAUCAUUCUUUGUGAUAUUUAUGGUCAUGUUAAACCUCUAUUUUAAGAUCUGCAAAAUAGUAUGCAGACACGCCCACCAGAUUGCUCUCCAGCAGCACUUCUUCACAACAUCGCACUAUGUGGCCACCAAGAAGGGCGUCUCGACUCUUGCCAUAAUCCUCGGGACCUUUGGGGCAAGUUGGCUACCCUUUGCCAUCUACUGCUUAGUUGGCGAACACGAGUAUCCAUCGGUGUACACUUACGCCACUCUUUUGCCAGCGACCUAUAACUCCAUGAUCAAUCCAAUCAUUUAUGCUUUCAGGAAUCAGGAGAUCCAAAGGUCGAUUUUUGUCGUAUUCUGCGGGUGUUUCCAGACAAACUUGUCUUAUCGUUCAAGAUCUCCAAGUGACGUUUAAGUGAUUCAUGUUGACUUGUAACUUUUGCAAAGUGACAAUCUGCUUUUGAAUUGAUUGUGCCUGCUAGAAAAAUAUUGAAAAGGUGUAGCAUAUUAGCACUAUCUAAGGGUGAAAUAAAUUGACUGGGCACGUUAAGUAAGCGAGCCGCUCACUUAAGAACAUGUUCAGCUCCGCGCCUAUUGAGCAGCUCAAAGCGCAACGGAGCAGAUUUCAACAGUGAUCUGACUGAGUGAGCAGUACAAUUCUCAAUCUGAGCCGCUCAGUUACUUAAUGCACCCAGUGUGAACAAGGAUGAGUAACGCUGUUAACCAGGCAAUGAUUACCACUGAAAACUAUUAUUAUAAGAUAAUAAGCACAUUGAAUUAUGUCAUUUUGUUACCCCAAAGGUGGCUUCAUCACACUGUAAACAACAUCACUGAAAGCAAACACUUAAGUGUUACAGAUAUGAUGCAUAAGGUUUAUGUUAAAUUCUUAAACAUUUAGUUUUACAGUGCACAAGCUAGGUAUUAUGGAGAAACAGAGGCAAAUGCAGAUAAUUACAGAAAAUGACAAUUAUUAUUUAAUAAUUGAUGUAAAUUUUUGCCUGGUUAGCUUGACCCAAAGUAGUUUGAUAGACGUUUUAUCACGUGUAAUGUGGAAGUAUUUAAAAUUCUCUUUAAAAAAAGCACUUUAUUUAUGUAUUUAACUGCAACUAGUGAUGGACUGUUUUGUAUUAUGUUGUGUUACAUGGUGUAUAUUUUAUACUGGAAGAAUACAUAAAUUCUAAUAAAUAUUCAUGAUUUUCUACUUCAAGUUUGAUUCAUUGACGUGUCUUUCUAACUAUGGAAACUAAAGUGAGUUUGACCUCAA